CAGCAUCCGGAAUUUCUUCUUCUGCGGCUACUCCUGCAGCUGGGAUGCGCAGAAGUCCAGCAACCUUCGCUACAUCCUGAUCGGACCGGUUUCAUCUCUCCUGGCUUCUGGUAGUUGCACUCCGCCUCCUAGGUCUAUUUUACAGUCCGCUUUAAUGGUUCAUUAGUUAUGUGGGCGAAGAGUAGAAAGUUAGAUAGCUACGGAGCAUGUACACUUGAAACUGAGAAGGAAUGCGAUAAACUGAAUGCAGGAGUGCGAUGUUCCGUAGAAAGAAGGUUCGAGCAACUUUGUGGAUUCCGAUUAAACGACGUCUCCACUUUUGAAAAGCUGACUAGUUUCUUGUACCGACCGACCGAUGCUGCCUGUUUAGGAGUCGUCCGAGCGCUUUUCGGUCUCUGUAUGGUAUUAGACGUGGUAGAAGAAAGAGGGCUGGCAGACGUGGAUAUACGAUGGGGAGAUCCCUUGGAGUGUCAUUUCCCAUUAAUUCACGGAAUGAAACCUCCGUCGUUACCUUGGAUCAUAGCAAUAUACGCAAUAAUGUGGAUGGGCGCGUUUGGAAUAAUGCUGGGUUCGCACUUCAGGCUCGCUUGCGCCUGUUUCGUAUUCCCUUAUUGGUACAUCUUCGUGCUGAAUAAAAGCUAUUGGAACAAUCACACGUAUCUCUAUGGAAUCGUCGCGACUCUGCUCUGGGGUACGGAGGCUAACAAGUACUUCGCACUAGACGCGAGUAAAAACAGGACCAAACAAACUACAGUGCCAUUGUGGAAUUAUUUUAUAUUGAAGUUUCAAUUCUUCACGUUGUACUUCAUAGCUGGAUUGAAGAAAUCUGGCGCCGAAUGGCUGUCUGGGUUUGCAAUGACGAAUUUGUCGGCACAUUGGGUGUUCAAUCCGUUCAGAUUAGUCUUGACUAACGAGCAAAUCGAUUUCUUUAUAGUUCACUGGUUCGGUUUCAUCUUUGAUUUGAUGGUCGGAUUUUGUAUGUUGCUCAAGAAAACUCGAAUCCCCGCCAUGAUUCUCUGUACGACUUUUCAUUUAAUGAAUUCUAGAUUGUUCAGCAUAGGAAUGUUCCCAUACGUUUGUCUUGCAACAAUGCCACUCUUCUGCGACGCUAACUGGCCACGAAAAUGCAUUGCAUACUGCAAAAGAAAUUUUUCAAUGUUUACACGAAAACAGGUCAUCGAAAGCUACGAUGAAACGUCGGUAAAUGAAUUCAAAGAUAUGCCCGAAGAAGAAUCUUUUUAUACAGCAUCUUCUGAAGGAUCAACUGAAAAUAUCCUCAAUUUACAAACAAACUUCACUUCGCGAGAUAAAGUCGACUUUGAAAGAGACCACAGAUUAAUCAGUUCAACUGCGAAGCAAACAGAUGCACUUCAAACACUGAAACAAGAAGACAAUGGUAUCAGGGCUGUUUGCAAGAGUACGAAGCAAGCCAGAGGUGCGACGAAGAGGCAAAAAUUUGUUGUAUCUCUUUUACUCUUUCACAUGGUCUUGCAAUUCUUCCUUCCGUACUCUCAUUUCAUCACAAAGGGUUACAAUAAUUGGGUACCAGGAAUGUACGGAUAUUCGUGGGACAUGAUGGUACAUACUUGGGACGCCAUAUUGGUCGAAAUCAAAAUCCACGACAAUCUAAGCAACGAAGAUCGAUACUUGGAUCCCAAAGUGUGGGUGCAAACUGAUCGAUGGGAGAAACAUGGCGACAUGGCCAGACAAUAUGCUUUCUGUAUAAAGGACAACUUAAUAGAGCAAGAGAAGCAUAUGUGGAAGAAUAAUCAUCAAUUCAGAAAGACAACGAAAUGGUCACGUUUAUCGACGAAUCUGAGCAUCUACAUCGAUGUGUGGUAUUCCUUGAACGGACGAUUCCAGCAAAGAAUGUUCGAUCCUAAUGUCGACUUGCUAACGGUUGAUUGGCAUCCGUUGAAGCCCAUUUCGUUUCUAAUGCCACUCCUCACACAAUAUAACUCAUAUAGGUACAAAUUAGAAAAAAUUCAGCAAUAUGUAUAUACGUGGUCCAACGACACCAACGUUCUUUUCGUCGCUGAUUUCCCAGGAAUGCACCUGGACAACUACAUCGCGAAAAAUUUCACGAACGUCAGCCUAACUGUGCUCGAGGGUGAAGUGGCUUAUAGCGAUGAGGAUUAUAAGAAAGGUGUCAUUUUAUCGAAGGAAUCAUCGAUUCGUGUGAAAACAGAACAAUUGCAUCGAGUGAAAACGACAAGCGCUUAUCCGGCUUGUUACAUGUAUACUUAUAACAAGGAACCAUCUGAAACGGACGGAUCAAUCGAUGUAGAUUCACGAGAGGCAACGUUUUCAAUCACUAAGGAAAUUAAUUACAAAAUCGAAGCCUGGUGGCGAUCUCUGAAUCACAUAUUAAACUCAUUCUUCUAUUUAGUUUACGACGUGCCCAUGGUGCGGAGAGUCCACAUCAACAAACAAUGAAGACUGCCAUUUGUACUGCACAAACUGAUCUCUGAACACUGUAAUUGCUUUUAAACGAUAAGUGAAGAUUACAGAGAAUUCAUUUUCGUACACGAAGAAGCAAACUAUAUUAAGCUCAACGGAAAAUUACGUUUCCAUGAACACGAUAAGCCGAAUACAUCUGAAUGAUUCCGAAAAUCAUUCAACGAAAAAAUAAUAUAAACCAAUUAUGAUUAACAAGAUUUAUCGACAAACAGUUUUCGAUGCACAGUGCAUGUAAUGCCUGAGUAUAUUUAAAAAAAGAAGUACAACAUUUAAUUGUAUAACACACUGAGACUGAAGAAAGAAAUAUCAUUACAACUUAGUAAUGAUUUUUAGUGAACAAUAUAAAUCGUUAAUAAUAUAUUGUACUGUAUAAAAAGGAAUGGUGAUUUUAAAGGGAAACACAUGUACUUACAUGGAAUCAAAGACUUAUUGGUGUCAUCGGAAGUAACAGUAGAAUUGAGUGGAGGGGCAGCGAGUGCGUGAAUUAACUAUGACUAUCAUUUCUCGUAUGAUGACUAUUGCUGCAACGCUGGUAUAGCCAUACCUGAUCGAAAAUCUGCUUAUCUAGACACGUGACAGAGGAAUCGGGAGAUCGUCAGCCAGUCACUUGGAUGAGCUCGCGUUGGUUUUGUCGAAGUCAACGUUGAAAAAUGUAACGAAGUGCUGACUGUCGUUACCGACGAAAUCGGUAUCGCAUAGUGAACGUGGGUCGAUAAAAAGAAUAGUUGAACUACUACACGUUAAAGACCAUUCAUCGAUAAGUGUUGCGGUGCGUUUAACAAAUAGGGGACUCGACAAGGCUGCUCGUAACGUGAUAGUGAACGCAGAAGAAUGUUUUUGAGAAGCAAAAAUUAUAUAAACUGGAUCCUCGAACAAUAAAAUCACAAGUGACCGUUGAGUGAACCGAUAAGUGAAUAUGUAAUCGAUCUCAGAUCUGAUAUAACAA